AUGUCUUCACCUUCAUCAAAGCCUGGCCGUGCCGCAGUCUGGAAGCUCGUUCCUCCAACCACCAACCACCCUGCUGAAUCUACCAUCAUUCCCGAUGAUGGAAGUAAGGGCAGCUCGGAGUCUAUCAUUGGAGAAGACCAGCGUGCUUUGGUUGACUUUAGUGACUUUCUUGAGGGGGGAAAGUACCGUUCCAUUGUCAAGAUUCAAGCCAGAUUCGAAGGCAAAGGUAAGCCAGUCUGGAUGAUGGGUACUGGCUGGCUCAUUCGCCCCGAUGUUCUCGUCACCGCCGGUCAUGUUGUUUAUGACUGGGGACGUCGCUACGGAGCAGCGAGCCAGAUCAGGUGCUUCAUCGGAUAUAACGGUCGUGCUUCUCUCCAGACUUCUCAAGUUCAGGCUCGGUACGGUAUCAAGGUCAUCUCCACCGAGGAAUGGCUUCAGGAUUCGGGCAACCGUCCUCGUGAUCUUGCCUUUAUUCAGGUCGACAGAGCCUUCACUGGGAAUCUGAGGACUUUCAACUAUGUCAACACUCCACCUUCUGGCCACAAGACUCUUCUAGGUGUUGUUGGAUACCCUGGAGACAAGAGUCUUAAGGACCCAGAGAGUGGUGACGAAGAGAAGGGUGCUCAAAUGUAUGAGGAGUACGCCAAGAAUGACUACGAUAUUGCGGACAGCACUCGUCACAUGGUUGAGUAUCAGAUCUCAACAUUCGGAGGGCAGUCUGGCGCUCCAAUCCUUCGAAAGGCGAAUGGACAGUUGGUCUCCAUUGGAACCCAUUGCUAUGGCGGUGGUGGUACUGACAGCAACUCGGGCAAUGCCAUCGGGAGCCCUUACGGAAAUGACUAUGAAUCAUUUGUUCGUUUGUUCAGCAUGCCUUCUACUUUCGGAGAUAUCGGCGACGUCCGCAUUGUCGACACCAAAGUUCAGACCGUCACUAUCCAGCCUGCUAUCAACAAGCCAACUUCAUACCCUACCGUAAGUUUGCCCAUCAAUUUUGGUGUUGCCACUAAUCUGAUCGUUCAGAACGGCGUGAAUGGACAAGGCAUCCAGAACAAGACUGUCAAAUCUCAGUACUCUGAAGCUGGAGAAGAGGGUUUCCUGGACGUCUUCAAAACCAUUGCCAAUGUCGGCUCCAAGAUCAUUCCCCUUGCCUCUCCUUUCUUGGGCCCUGUUGGCGGCAUCCUCGGUCCCGCUGUUGGCGGCCUGUUGGGUUCACUUGCGGAGAGCGAAGUCUCCGACAAUCCCGACAUCAAGACCGACGGCACUGCAGAGCGUGCUUUGCUCGCCGAGGCUGCUCUGCAAGCCAUCCUUGCAUCCGAGCAUACCGAGGGACUCACUGAGGUGGUUAGCAAGAUGGAACGCAUUUGGAGAGUUGAUGCACCAAAGGUUGACUACCUCGCCCCAGUAGUAGCUCCGAUCGUCGCCGAGUGCGGCCAGUCGUUCAUUCGCGAGAGUCAGCAACCCGUCAAGACUCGCUUUGGCAAGGAUUUCCACAACCAGCCACGUCGAAGUCUUGGAUUCGACAUGUCAGAGAGCACCGUCGGCGGAGAGGAAGCUGCUUUCAUCCAAGGCCUCAUGGGACCGACACGCCAGGUGGCAGGAGAAGAGGGUAUGUUUGACUGGCUUGGCCCCGUUCUCAACGCGGGAGCCAAGUUCGCCAAGCCCCUUGCUUCUCAAGCCGCAUCAGCCGCUCUGUCAGGUCUUGGCGGCCUCAUCAAAAAGUCACUGGGAGCUGAGUCCACUGUCGCGGAUGUUUCCCCUGAGCAUGAGGAAGCCACCAAGAUUCUGCUCAAGCGUGCUGUAAUGGCCGACACGGCUCUUCAAGCGUUAAUGACUCUUCCUUCUGACAAGUUGGAGAAGCUCAAGCCCAUCAACCCCGAGACCGGCGAGGCGGAAGGCAUUUUCGAUUUCAUCAAGGACACGGUCCAGAAACUCGGACCCAUUGCUCUCGACACUGCCAAGCAAGCCGCCAAGACUUACUUGCCUCGCCUCAUUGACACUGCAACCCAGAAAGUAUCCUCCAGACUUGGCCUUCCAACUGAGUCAUCGGGUCCGGCUCGCUCCUUGUCAAGGAAGCCUUCGCUGAUGGAUACCCUCAACGGCAAGAACGACGCGAUCAAGGUGAGACAUGUUUUCCAUUCGGCUGAUGGUCCUGCUAUAAUCGAUGUCACCCCCAUUAUUCGCGCUCGUGAAGAGGCCUGGGUGCCAUCUGAAGAGUGGCAGAAAUGCUGGGAUGAUAACGAUGAUGGUCCUGUCCUGAUGAAGCAGCCGCCACCUGACCUGUAG